AUGUCGGCGGAGAAGAUGGCGGGCAAGGUCGACGCUGACGUCGAGGCGAUUGGAGAAGGCGACGGCGACAGCAGUGCUGACGGCGUCGUUCUGGACGUCUCGGUCGCUGGCACGGCUGGACUGAAGACAGCAGCAGAUGGACAUACCAUUCUUGUUCCCCAGCCGAGUGAUUCGCCGGAUGAUCCGCUCAAUUGGUCGCCCUCGAGGAAAUGGAUAAUCCUGCUCGUCAUAUCGUUUGCGGCCUUUCUACCGGACUAUGGCUCUGCGGUGGGAGCCGUCACCUUACUCCCACAGGCCGAGAUAUGGCACAUGACGCCGGACGAGGUCAACCAUUCUCAGGCUGGCAACGUCUUUAUGCUGGGAGUCGGAGGGAUCGUUACCGUAGCCUUCUCCGCCUACUUCGGUCGAUUGCCUGUGCUUUUCUGGUUCAUGGUUGGCGCCGUCGCGACAGCCGUAUGGUGUACGGCCGCCCAGUCCUUUGAGUCCUUCAUGGCCGCACGUAUCUUGAACGGUUUCUUCUCCACCGUAGCUCAAGGGGGCGGUCUCAUGUUCAUCAACGACAUAUUCUUCUUUCACGAACAUGCCCGAAAGAUCAAUAUCUGGUCCAGCUUCAUCAUCGUCUCCCCUUAUCUCGGCCCCAUGCUGACGGCCUUCAUCAUCAACACACAAAUAUGGCAGUGGGCAUUUGGCGUCUACUCCAUCGAAACAGGCCUCUGCUUCAUCGCCAUCAUGAUCUUCAUGGACGAGACCUUUUACGAUCGUAAGCUUCCCGCAGCCCAACAGCCGGUUCGCGUGGCCCGGUGGAGGCGUAUGAUCGGUAUCGAACAAUGGCAGUCUCGACAGCUGCGAAACAGCUUCAAGGACGCAGUGAUGAGGCCCUUUAUUGUCAUCUGCAAACCACCGAUGUUCAUCUCCUGCCUCUACUAUCUCAUGACCUUUGCCUGGGUCGUGGGUAUCAACACCACCCUGGCCAUCUUCCUCGUUCCCCUCUAUGGCUUCGGCCCCAAACAAAUCGGAUUCUUCUACUUCACGCCCGUCGUGGCCGCCAUCCUAGGCGAGAUCGUCGGCCACUGGCUUCACGACAAAGUUGCCAUUUUCGCCGCCUCUCGAAACCAGGGUCACCGCUUCGAGCCCGAAGCCCGCUACAUCGCCAUCUGGAUAAGCACCCCCUUCAUCCUCGCCGGACUUGUCCUCCUCGGCUUUGCCCUAGAACGCGAGUAUCAUUACAUGUUCGCCUCGCUAGGCUGGGGCCUGUACGUCUUCGGCAUCAUGAUCACCACCGUCUCCGUCAGCGCAUACUGUCUCGACAGCUACCCCGAGGCUAGCGGUGAGGUAGCAGCCUGGCUCAACUUCUCCCGCUCCACGGCCGGGUUUAUAGUGAGCUAUUUCAUGGUUCGAUGGGCAGGCGACCAAGGCCCCAUUCGACAGUUCGGAGCAAUGACGGGGAUCUGCGCGUUUGCAUUUGUUUUGAUUGUGGUUUUCCAGUUUUAUGGCAAGAGGAUACGGCGCUGGUCUGGGCCAGUCAACUUUAAGACUCUUUGA